AUGGGGUACACUGCGAUACAACACAUCGUGAAGGAAACGAAACGGCGUGUAAGCAUGACGGAUUUACCGUAUGAAGAAGAAUAUCGUGGCCAGCUGAAGCACCUGGGCUACAAGGAAAAGGAUAUAGUUAAGGAAGCAUUUUUGCGCUUGGAUUGGAAUCUUGGGAGUGCACGAAUUUUGUGUCUUUUACAAGAAUCAAACAUUCUAACGGCGAGUGAACUUAUUCUCAGUCUUGAUUCAACGGAACGGAUCCAACAAGUCAUGAACGAUCUUUUGGAAACUGAAUAUAGUCUGCUCUGUCACAUCAUUAAAUUCGCUUACCAAGACAAUGGUUUGUCACAAACUCUAAUGAAAGUUCUGCAGGAUAGCUUUCGUGCAUUAAUAGCAGAUCUGAAAGACGACCCCAACGUCAUUCCGCGGAAUUAUUUGCAACCUAUUAGAAUGCAAUUGCUACCUAACGAGAAUGAGUGGCUGAAGAAUGAGCAUUUGCGCCUGGUACUUACUACGGAGGAACCAUUCGAUUUAGAUGAGGCCAUUGGGCGGCAGGAACAGUGGCGAGAAGAAAUGCAUAAAGUAACUGAAUCCAUCCUUGGUGGCCUUAUCGUGGAACUGAUUGAUAACAAGGCACAAGUCAUCGGUCUCUUGAGGGAAUACGUACAAAAAUCACACCCGUUUUCGAUUAAGUAUGCGCUCUACCUGUUGAAUGCAAUGUCGAAAGACACAAAAGAGUCGGAGGACAAACUGCUAAAAGAGUUCCACAAGGACGUCUUCCGCUGGGUUGUAGAUACAGGGUUAAUGAGCCAAUUGCAGCUGUUGCUUCUGUUUGCACGCGAAACUUGUUCGUCAAAUUGUAUCACCAUGGGGACGUAUUCCGCGUGGUAUAAGCAGACGAUCGGCGCCAUGACUUACAGUGUGAAAAAAGAUCAGUUCAUUCGAACGAUGGAGAUGUUGACUGCUUUGCUGCCGUUGGAAACCAAUCUGGACGUGCUUGACGUGCAUUCAACGAUAGCAAUAUCGGCACCAGCCAAAUGCAACGAAUACGUGCUGAACUAUAAGCAACUUUGUCGAGCUCACAUAGCCCAACUGAAGCCUCCUGAUUGUAUAGUCGAUCUUGAUGAUUGA